AUCAUCAACUCAUUAGCUAUAAUGACCAUAAUAUGAGAGUCAUGGCUGAUCAGAAAACUCGUAGAGCCUUUAUUGGCUUCUACAAUGUCGUUCAAAGCUGGUCGAAAGCAUUGUAUCAGCAACCAGCUCAAUAUGGAAAAGUUAUUCCAACAAGAAGAUUCACGACAUCUGCAGAUACAAAGGCAUCAGUCAAUACCCAACAAUCCAACAUUCACCCUCUAUCUGGUAUGUCGUUGCUCAUCGAUUCCCCAAUAGGCUUUCAUUGGCAAAAGAAUAUCGAUCAGCCUGGACGAAGUUUCCCAGUCAAGCAGCAAGAGUACAAGAGCAUACGAAUAGACCCGUACCGAAACGAAAUCUUGGAUACGAAAGCGAAGGUGUUGAAAAGGCUGAAGUCUAUGGUGAAAGAAGUGGAAAGUGGUCAGAUCAUUGAGCCAAUGUCAGCCGUUCUAGCUUCGUUGAUGCCAAUCUUGCAAGGUACCCAAAGCAAGGACACCUUAUUCAUCAAUCAGUCUCAAUUCGACAGAAUGAUUCGAUCAUUGACCAAUGUUGGUAGAUCGUAUGGAUCAGACUGGGAUCGCAUACAGCAAAAGCUGCCUCAAUCUCAAGUGAUCUGGAAGCCUUCGCAACUACUAUCCACUCACGACAUCAGAAAAGUACCCGUUCAGACAUUGGCAAUCUUUGCGGCUGUUUCUCUGUACGAUUUAGCGAAUGCAGUGAACAUUGUGCCUUCGACAAAUAGUGUGUCUUCACUUUUGCGUCUUCUUUCGAUCCACCUUGAACUGAAACCCUUCACACAAUGCUUAUCAUUGGUUCUUCUUCAACUCAGCGGUGUACCCUUUCACGAAGCACAAUUGAGGGCUGCUCAUGGAACAAUGACAUAUGAAGAUAUCGAUUGCAACGCAAUUCCUGCAAGCAUUGUAACUUCGGCUAUAGAUGGAUUCAGCAAUGUGGGAAGGCCAGAGCUGGGCGAGAAAUUUCUAUGUUGGUGGUCGAAUUCUAUUGCAAGGCUAGAAGGGCAUUCAGGGAAAGAGAAGAAAUCUAUGCGCAUGCCAGAUCUAUAUGGCGAAGCUGGAAAUCAAUUGGAAAUCUCACAUUGGGGUGAAAGUGAACAUCUUUGGACCGUAUUGGUUCGUGCAAGAGCAAAGGUAGGAGAUAUCGUUGGUGCAAGAUCUUGGCUGCAACACUAUAGGGAGUUCAGUACGGUUGAGACAAGAAGCCGAAAGCCUUACUCAGAAUACCUGAAAUGUUGCGCUUCUGCGAAAUCAGAAGAGAUACGUGCAUGUCUCAACAGACUGCCAUCGUGGGUACAAGAUUCUCCAUUAGGAUUCCAGCAGGCUCUCUUUCGUGACGCGCUGCAAAUGAUGGAGCAAGAUCAGGUUUCAGUAGAAGAGAAUCUCUUCGGAUUCGUGCUGAAUUAUCAGGUUGGUGUCAAAGAUCUUGAGUCCGCCGUAAGAUUAUUGGUGUAUGGAUAUGGUUCGGGUAUCGUCAAAAGCAAUACUCCAAGCAUUUUUAAAGCUAUCUUUCGAUUACACAAAAAUCAUGCUGUCAAAUUUGGAGGAAAAAGUAAGCCUUUUGAUUAUUGCGAACCGGGUGAAGUCGAUCGAGUGUUGCGCAAGAUUGGUCCGUUGAAUGAUUUACGUGGAAUGUUUUUAAAUUUUAUUUCCCGUACUCGCUUUCACAACAAAUGGGACUUGUAUUCUCGUGUAAAAGCUCUUGAUCAUGCAUUAGAGGCAAGUCUGGCUGUCGGAGAUCUUCCGCUUGCUUAUCUUGUUCAAGAAGUCGUUGCUUCAUUAAAGGCUCAAUUUGAUCCCAAAGUCAUCGGAACAGCCAUUUCAUGGCUAGGAAAGUGCAGGAGUGGGUUCGGGGGUGUACAUGACGAAGCCUACAGUUUCGCACCUGCAUCAUCCUUCUCUGCGGCAUUUGCAAAAACGCAAGAUCAGGCGAAUACAACAGCUUCAGCAUCCCCUUCUCAUCUCAGCAUGCUUAUCAAAGAUACUCUUUUGCGCAAUGUGCGCGAUUCUGUUCGAUCAAGGAACGGCAAUUGUGCGCCAUGGUUGGAAGAAAUACGUGGGAAAGUGGCAUCAAUCGACAAUCCAACAGAUGAGCAAAUCUUACGCAUUUGUGCUCAGCAGAUUCUGUUGGACAAGGAUGGAAAGAAUCGGAUCAAGCAAUUGGCGUAUCUAUUAUAGAAUUACAACUGUAUUGUAUGU